UGGCUACCUGACUCCGUUUUGUGCCAAUAAAAUGCAGGGCCUCCGUGCUCCCACGCCAUAUCAUUUCCGAGUCUUCAUCUUCCAUCUUCAUCUCCUUCGCAUUCUUUUUCUCAUGGCGCAGAAAAAGAGGGUCAGAAAUUUCAUUUGCAUUCUCAAAGACAAAGCCUCAGUUUUCGCAGCAUCGCUAUCCCUCAGACGCCACGUGUCUACUGUUCGCGUCUCCAUCCUCCGUGCCACCACCCACAGCCUCUCAACUCCUCCGUCGGAGGCCCGAAUCCUCGCCGUCUUUUCCGUGGCCAGCAACGGCUCUCACCUUCUACCGCGUGCCUGCAUCAACGCUCUCAUCGACCGACUUCACCGCACACGCAGCGCCGCUGUGGCCCUCAAAUGCCUCCUCACAUUACACAACGUCAUCGUCCGGGGACCUCUCACUCUCAGGGACCACCUCGCUUGUUACCCUUCCUAUGAUGGCCAGAAUAUCCUCAACCUCUCCGCCUUUCGCGACGACUCCGACGUCGAAUCGUUGGAAUUGUCGUCUUGGGUUCGAUGGUACGCUGGUGUUCUAGAACAGAGUCUAUCUGUUUCGAGAGUCUUGGGUUACUACUUGAGCUCAUCUUCGAGCAUCAACGUCAAGAAUGCCAAGAAAGGCACGCAUGAUAGGAAGACUUUGGGGCUGUCUAAUUCGGAAUUGUUUCAUAAAAUAGAUGUUCUUGUAGGUUUUGUAGAGCAGAUAAGUCGAGUGCCAGAGUCAUUACAGCUUCAGAGGAACGAUUUGGUUUAUGAAAUGGUGAGAUUAGUGGGUGAAGAUUAUAGAAUUAUUCAAUAUGAAAUUUUCCUGAGGGUAGAAGAACUGCGGGACAGGGUGGAAGAGUUGGAAGUGGGCGAGAUGGCAGAGUUGGUGCGUGAUUUUACAAGAUUGCAGGACAGCAAGGAAGGAUUGGUACUAUUGUUUGUGAACAGGAAAAGAAAUGACGGCUUCUGGGAGUUGAUUGAGCAGACAAAGACGAAGGUGGCGACGAAGAAGGAGGAGAGAGAAGGGAGGUGGCUGACGGUGAAGACGAGCAGGAGAGACGAGGCGAGCGAGUUGACUCGGUCUAACAACCCGUUUCUAGAAGCGGGACAAUGGAUUCGGGUUCCUGCGACCCGGUUGCCUCGAAUGGUUCCAACGGUCGGAUAAUAACGGUAGACUUCACCGGAUCCCAAAGGUAUGCCUAUUUUUGUCUUUUCACUUUUUGGUUGGGCCUCAAAAGAAGUUGCUUUAGACUUUUUUUUUGUUAGCGGGUGGCUUCUUGAUUGCUUUGUGUAAAUAGUCGUUAAAAACAUUUCACCUGAGUUUUCGAUCCUUAAUAUGUGUAUUGAUAGAAUAGGAUAUGAUUUUUUUCCAUCACACCGGGAACCGGGGUAAGGUACAAUAAAAAGCUUCCCCAUGUGGUUAGAGCAGGGAAAAGAGGAAGGAAUUUUUUUUUU